GGACGUCUCUUGGGUUUCGAAAGAUUGAAUAAGCUACAAGACAGAAAUUUGCAAACAAAGGAUUUCAAUGCGUUGACUCCUGCUUUGGUAGUGAUGACUCGAGACGAAGAGUAUGUCGACAAGUCCUUCCCAGUGGGUACCGAGGUCAUGAGAGUACGCCUCAAUAAAUUCUCAAAACUUGACACAAAUUUCCACCCUGAAGUAUUUACUGUUGUCUCCUCAUUUGACAAUGGCACUUGUCAGUUAGCUGAUGGUAAAGAUAGAUUGUUGAAAAGAAGA